CGUCAGCGCGCCCGGCCCCGCCCCCAGGCCGCGUCCGCCGCGGCGACAGCAGCGCUGCGGGAGCUGCCCGCGUCCCCCGGGCGUGCCGCUCCCCGCCUGCCGCCCCAGCCGAGCGCCGCCACACGCCGUUCGCCGCCCGGCAGCCGGCGGGCGCAUGUUCCCGGGCGGGCUCGGCGCGCCGGCGGUGAGCGCGGGCGAGCAUGGCCGCGCCCGGGUCGGAGAAGAGCAGCAAGAAGAAGACGGAGAAGAAGCUCGCCGCCCGCGAGGAGGCGAAGCUGCUCGCCUCCUUCAUGGGCGUCAUGAACGCCAUGCGCAAGCAGAAAACUCUUUGUGAUGUCAUUCUUAUGGUUCAAGAAAGAAAGAUCCCAGCUCACCGUGUAGUGCUUGCCUCAGCCAGUCAUUUUUUUAACUUGAUGUUUACUACAAAUAUGAUUGAAUCAAAGUCCUUUGAAGUGGAGCUAAAAGAUGCAGAGCCUGACAUUAUUGAACAGCUCGUGGAGUUUGCUUAUACUGCAAGAAUCUCAGUUAACAGCAAUAAUGUCCAGUCUUUACUAGAUGCAGCAAACCAGUAUCAGAUUGAACCUGUCAAAAAAAUGUGUGUGGACUUUUUAAAAGAACAAGUUGAUGCUUCCAAUUGUCUUGGCAUAAGUGUGCUAGCAGAAUGCCUAGACUGCCCAGAACUGAAAGCCACUGCAGAUGACUUCAUCCAUCAGCAUUUCACUGAGGUUUACAAGACAGAUGAGUUUCUUCAGCUUGAUGUUAAGCGUGUGACACAUCUCCUGAACCAAGAUACAUUGACAGUGAGGGCAGAAGACCAGGUUUAUGAUGCAGCAGUCAGAUGGCUGAAGUAUGAUGAGCCAAAUCGCCAGCCAUACAUGGUUGAUAUUCUUGCUAAAGUCCGAUUUCCUCUAAUAUCAAAGAACUUCUUAAGUAAAACAGUUCAGGCUGAACCACUUAUUCAGGAUAACCCAGAAUGCCUUAAAAUGGUGAUCAGUGGGAUGAGAUACCACCUCCUUUCCCCAGAAGACCGAGAAGAGUUAGUGGAAGGUACCCGACCAAGAAGAAAAAAACAUGAUUAUCGCAUUGCUUUGUUUGGAGGCUCUCAGCCCCAGUCCUGCAGAUAUUUUAAUCCCAAGGAUUACAGCUGGACAGACAUCCGAUGUCCCUUUGAAAAGCGCAGGGAUGCAGCUUGUGUCUUCUGGGACAACGUAGUUUAUAUUUUGGGUGGUUCCCAGCUCUUCCCUAUAAAGCGAAUGGACUGCUACAAUGUGGUGAAGGAUAGCUGGUAUUCCAAGCUAGGACCUCCAACACCUCGAGAUAGCCUUGCAGCCUGUGCUGCUGAGGGCAAAAUUUAUACAUCUGGUGGUUCAGAAGUGGGCAAUUCUGCACUGUAUUUAUUUGAAUGCUAUGACACGAGAACAGAGAGCUGGCACACAAAGCCCAGCAUGCUGACUCAGCGAUGCAGCCAUGGAAUGGUAGAGGCCAAUGGGCUCAUUUAUGUAUGCGGAGGGAGCCUGGGGAACAAUGUUUCUGGAAGAGUCCUGAAUUCCUGUGAAGUUUAUGAUCCAGCCACAGAAACGUGGACUGAACUGUGUCCAAUGAUUGAAGCCAGAAAGAAUCAUGGGCUGGUGUUUGUAAAGGACAAAAUAUUUGCUGUGGGUGGACAAAAUAGUUUAGGUGGCCUUGAUAAUGUAGAAUAUUACGAUAUCAAGAUGAAUGAAUGGAAGAUGGUGUCUCCAAUGCCAUGGAAAGGUGUAACAGUGAAGUGCGCUGCGGUGGGAUCUAUAGUCUAUGUCCUGGCUGGUUUUCAGGGUGUUGGUCGCUUAGGGCACAUUCUUGAAUAUAACACUGAAACAGACAAGUGGAUAGCCAACUCCAAAGUCCGUGCUUUUCCAGUGACGAGUUGUUUAAUCUGUGUUGUAGACACUUGUGGGGCAAAUGAAGAAACUCUAGAGAUCUGAAGACUGUAGGAGAUGCCAAGGCGUUCUUCAAGGACUUGGGAAAAGAUGGUUAUUGGUGGUUUGCUUCCAUGUUUUACUGAAUCAUGUUAAAUUUAGUAACAGGAAAAGAAAUGAGAUGCAGUCUUUCAAUUUGUAUA